GUCUGUGAGAUUAUUGAGAACAGAAAAAUACUUUUUAGGUGAAAAUAGCAGAAAAGGUUAUUUCCAUUGUUUUUAAUUCUUCCUUGCUACAAAGAACUUUAAAACUUCAUAACUAUGACUGGAAGAGAAGGCGGUAAGAAAAAGCCUCUUAAAGCACCGAAAAAAGAAGGAAAGGAAUUGGAUGAAGAGGACAUGAAGUUUAAACAACAACAAAAGGAGCAACAGAAGAAAAUGGAUGAAAUGAAAGCCAAAGCAGCUGGCAAAGGCCCCCUAGCUACUGGUGGUAUCAAGAAAUCAGGAAAAAAAUAGCUUUUAAGGAAGCUGAAAGACUUUCAUCUAAUUAUAUUUUCUCUUCUCAUCCCUUUUUUUAAUGAAACACUGAAAUAAAUUAAUCGGUAUUGAAAAUAAAAAAGAAAUUUAACUAUUUA